AUGGUUUUCAAACACUUCCGAAGAAGAGUAAGAGACUUACUAUUUUUUUCUUCCUUUUCUUCUUUUACAUUUGAUUAUUGCUUAUUUCUUUCCCUUUGUUUUCUUAUCGUCUCGUCAUUAUUACAACAUUUCUUUGUCAUUCCUAUCAUUUAUUUCCUGUUCUUUUCUUUUUCUUCUUUCUUAUUUAAAUUUUCUCUUUUUCUUCUGUCUUUUAUUUCCUCUUCCUUAGCAGGAUUCAUCUUUUCUUCUUUUUCUUCAAUAUCAUAUUUAGUCUUCCUUCUUCCAAUUUUUCUUUUUUCAUUUUAUUUUUUGAGGACCUUCUUUCCUUCCUCUCUCACGUUAUCCUCAUAUUCUCCAGUUUUUUUUUUCCAUUUUUUUAAUAGAGACCCAACUCUUUCUUUCUUUCGUUCUUUUUUCUUCCAUUUAUCACUUUAUUUUUGUGUUUCUUUCUUCCUGUCUUUCUCUUUCUUCAUUUUCUUUCUUUCCAGUUACUUUCUUUAUUUCUUUCUUGUUUCACUUUAUUUUUAUAUUUGUUUCUUCCUUUCUUUCGCGCUGUUCAUUUUCUUUCUUUCUUUCUUUCUUUCUUUCUUUCUUUCUUAUAAUUCAGCUUUCAUUAUUUUCUUUCUUUCUUUCUUUGUUCUCACUUUCUUUUUUAUUUGUUUGUUUGUGCUUUCUUUCUUUCUUUCUUUCUUUCUUUCUUUCUUUCUUUCUUUCUUGCUUCCUUGCUUGCUUCCUUUUUUCCUUUCUUUCGUUAUUCCUUUUUUGUCUCUAUCUUUUCACUUUUCUUUCUUUCUUUUUCCUUUUUUCUUUAUUUAUUUCUUCUUUUUUUCCAUCCUUCCUUUCUUCUCAUUCUUUUCCCUUUCGGUCUUCCUCAUUUUAUUUCUUUAUUUAUUUCAUUCUUCCUUUUUUUUCUUUUCAUUCUUUAUUCAUUUAUUUAUUUCGUUGUUCCUUUCUUCCUUUCUUUUUCUUUUACUUCUCUUUCUUUCAUUCUUUCUUUCUUCCUUUCUUUUUCUUUUCUUUCUUUCUUUCUUUUCUUUUCUUUCUUUAUUUAUUUCGUUGUUUCUUUCUUCCCUUCUUUUCUUUUCUUUCUUUAUUUCGUUGUUUCUUUCUUCCUUUCUUUUUCUUUUCUUUCUUUCUUUCUUUAUUUAUUUAUUUCGUUCUUUCUUUCUUCCUUUCUUUUUCUAUUCUUUAUUUAUUUCGUGGUUUCUUUCUUCUUUUCCUUUUCCUUUCUUUCUUUCUUUCUUUAUUUAUUUAUUUCGUUCUUCCUUUCUUUAUUUUUCUUAUUUAUUUAUUUUUUCUUUCUUUCUUUCUUUCUUUCUUUCUUUCACUCCAUCAUUCUUUAUAUUAAUUUUAUUCGUCUCUUCGAUGAUCUAUAAUUUCCUUCUAUCCCUCUCUCUCCCUCUUUCUACAUCACUCUCUCCUCUUCAUCUCUCUCACCCUCUAUCUCCCUCUUACUCUCUCGCUCUCUCUCUCUUCUUUACUCGCUACUAUGAUAAACAUAAGGACAACUAUUCUCAAUACUAUUAUCUCUUUUCAGCUUUUUUUACGAUGUUUUCUUCUUUUUCUAACCAUUAUUUCUUCAUCAUCUUUCGGUUUCUCAAGUCACCCCUCUUCUCCCCAUCAUUUUCUUCUUACAUCCUCUCUCUUUCUCUCUUCACCUCCCUUAUCACAUCGCAAACUUCACCGACCAUACCCUGCCUCAGAUCCCACUUCCCCAACCGUUUCUCUUCCAUUAUUCGACUUGCCUAA